UUAUCAUGUCAGCUUAUAAAGUGCUGGUUAAGCUGAAGUCAACAAAAAUACUGUGAAAGUUAGAAAUAAGAAAAUAGUGAAAUAAUUCCACCAAAAAGUUUAGAGAAACUUUAAAGAAACUGUGAAAAAGAAACUCGGUAAACAAGGGCGACAUUAGGUGAAAAUACAAUGGAGGAAUUACAUUUUGAAAUGGAGUGCUGUGGAUUGGAGGGCUCCAAAAGUUCCUGUACCUCCAGAAAACAAUUCUUAGAGCCUGUGAAACGUGAGCUUUACGGUGCAAACAACCACGGAACAACGAGGCAAGGAGGUCCUUUCCGAACUAGGUCUGGAACACUGGAUUAUAAUUUGUCCAGAUCACCGAGUUCGGAAACUUUCCGUUCCAGAACAUGGACUUCGGACGCGUCAUCCGGAACAUCCUUCAGAACACAUCCAGUAAUUUCAUCACCCUCCCAGAUCCCAACAAAUAGAAGGGAUGAAUAUGCGUACUGUGAUCUCUCUUCAAGUGCUCCUUCCUCUCAACAAAGGGACCGGGAUUCCCUAGAAUAUCAGAUAUCAAACCCUGGCUCCUUUGCUGAACGUUUAUCCAUUCCUGAAUAUUGUACGGCUGAUGAAAUUUUACAGAUAAGUAAGCAAGGGCAAGCUGGAGACUUGAAGACAUUUCCGAGUUCAACUUCGGAACAGAAAAUAGGGUUUUCCAGAAAACUUCGGAAAUCUUUCUCGAGACUUCUUCCUCGAUCAAGGUUAUUGUUUAUCUAACUAAUAAAUGUUCAAAGAUCAAAUUAA